UGCUCAUCCUCUUGUUCUCAUGGUGCACUGAAGCACAGGGAAUGGAUUCGAUAUACCGCGCGACGGCCGCCAGCUGGAAAAGCUUCCAACAGCUGGCGGCUGCGCUGAAGGACCCAGAACAUUGCCUCCUGAUGCCCCCCGGUAAAGUUGAAAACCAGUAUGACCGGUUGAAGCUGUGGUCAGGGAAUCUGGGCGCUUUGCAGACUGGAAGGGCCUCCCUGGAUUUUCGGCUGCGGGAGUCGACCGUGGUGCGCAUGAAUGUGCUCAAGCUGCUAAAUAAAUUGCAGCAGACGUUGACUUUGAGCGUCGAAGUUGCAACCGGAACACGGCUGCCCUUGGAGAAACUUUCGCUACCCAAUGACUCCAGCGAUGAUGAAUCGUCCGCGGAAGACUCCGAUGAAGAGCCUCUGACAGAACUCAGUCUUCAUAUGAGCACAAUUACGGAGAUCCUUGCCGACUUGUACAGACUUGCUUUCAGGAUAAGGAGUACUGCUACGAGAUUGAGAUCACUAAAACCGUUGCUCUACAGGGAGGUCGACGAACAGACUGGCAUUGACGUGUUUGCCGGUUUUGGUUACUUCGACAUACGACAUGUAGAAGACUCGUUUAUCCAACUCCGGAGGGAAGCUGCCCAAAAAAUGUCUAUGGACCUCUCCGAAGCUGUUAAGAUAACAGCAGAGGAUAGGGCUCUAAUCGAUCGUCUGGGAACGACAAUUACACAACGUCGAAAAUUUAUUCGUUACUGGCAAAGGCAUGCAAAAAAGCUUGCGACUGUAGACAGUGAAGUCGUGCCACUUCGGCCUACUCCCACAGCGCUCAAAAAUUUAGGACGGAAGCUAGAGAUGCACGGUUCGACAGAAGGGCCCAAGCAAUUUGACGCUGCACCGACUCACAACACCGCCAAAACAACUCUUUUAUCCGAGACUGUUGCCACCAAGUACGAUCGGAAACUCGACGACAUGCUUGAGACACAAUCUUUCAUAUCGUAUGCGUCCACGGCAUUCGAUAUGCACGGAGAACCAGUUGAUGUCCCAUCUCCUCCUUCUGCCGCCAACAAGAGCCUGGAGUUUCUCUGUCCGUAUUGUGGGAUAACGUGCCCAUCCAGUCAUGCAAGGGGGCGUGCCUGGAGGGCACAUAUUUUUCGAGACCUUCAACCGUAUGUUUGCACUUACCCAGCCUGCCCUGAUGGACUGCAAAUGUACACUACCCGACAUGCUUGGCUCGAGCACGAACGACUGGCGCACCGUCGUGUGUGGCAAUGUUUUGAGCAUCAAGCGCUCCUUUUUAAUUCGAAAUCCGAUUUGCGUGAUCAUCUCGAAUCACAGCAUAACAAUAUCACUGGGGCCCAAAUUGAGAAUUUCCUUGAGAUUUCAGAAUCUAGUCUUAAAGACCCGCGAGAAAAAUGUCCCGUCUGCCUACUAGAGCGGCAGUUCUACCAACGGCUAGAUAAGCACUUGUCCUUCCACCUAGAGCGGUUCUCGACUUUUUCAACUUCUGGAAUUAUCCCAAAGGACGACGGAAAGGACGAGUCCGAUAUUGAUAACCAAUCCGCAAGACCUCGUGCCCGAGAGUCCAUUCAUUCAGCUAGUUUCGGUCCCCUAAGUUUUGAAACCGCACGAUCCGUGACACCCCCAUUGGAGGAAUCCACGCUUCCGGCCGAUAUACAACCCGUUCUUCAAUCCGAUCACCUGCCACCAACAUCUCAGGGUAGCGUUGAAAUUGGAAAGAAGGAAACCGAAGAUAUGAAAGAUGAAAAGAUAGAAGAUGACGAUCCUGAACGUACCUGGGCCUAUUUGGUGCCUAUAACUCGCAAUGGUGGCAGCAUUAUGUCACUCAAACAUGAGGCUGCCCCCCAUGCUGUUUCAAUCAGUGAUGAGAGCAAACCUCUUGCUCGAAGACCGUUUUCAGCAAAAUCAUAUUUAAUUGGCCGACAUCCCGAGUGCGAUUUGAUUCUCAAGUCUGCAACAGUAUCAAACCGCCACUGCAUAAUAUAUUGCGAAGAGAAUAGUGGAGCUACUGUUGCAUUCCUACAAAACCUCUCCUCCAACGGGACCUUUGUUAACGAAACGUUCGUAAGGCGCAACAACAGCCGGCAACUUGCGGAUGGAGAUGAGAUAGCUAUCACUCUCGAGUAUCGGUUUAUUGUCAAGUACUCACGAAAGUCCCACACGAAGAGUUUCAGCGAGAAAUACACCAUCAUUAAACCAGUUGCAUGGGGUAAUUUUGCGACAAUAUACUCCUGCAUUGAACAGUCCACGGGCAUUAUGUAUGCGGUAAAGAAGCUGGAGAAGCCUAAUGACGCACUUAGGCUGGGCAUGCAAAGAGAAAUUGCUGCGCUUAUGACGAUCAGACAUCCCGCCUUACUUCCUCUGGAAGAGCCAUUCGAUGAGAUUGAUGCAUUGUAUUUGGUCAUGGAGCUUGCCCCUGAGGGUGACCUUUUCGAUCGGAUCGUGUCGCGCGAGAAAUUGACCGAGUCCGAAACCCGCAUCGUCUUCUUUCAACUAUUUCAAGGGGUCAAAUAUCUGCAUGAACGGAAUAUUAUACACCGAGACAUCAAACCAAGAAAAAUCCUGGUCUUUGACGAGGAUUUACGUAUCAAGCUCCAUGUCGAAUUAACAAUGACGGUUGCAAACAGCGCAACGGACAUGUUCGGGUCUGUUGGUUAUGCUGCGCCUGAAAUGCUCACGAGACCCUCUGGUACGGGGCCAUAUACACAUGCCGUAGAUAUCUGGUCUCUCGGGGUGGUGUUGUACAUCUGCCUUUGCGGAUUCCCUCCAUUUUCAGAUGAAUUUUGCACCCCAGGAUUCCCUUAUAACAUUACACAACAAAUUAUAAAGGGUCUAUUCAGUUACCCAUCCCCAUACUGGGAUUCUGUUGGCGAUCCAGCGCUGGAUCUUAUCGACAAAAUGCUCCUGGUGAAUCCGAAGGAUCGCUUGACCAUAGAGGGCUGCCUCGAACAUCCAUGGCUUAUAUCCGGAGACUCAUCUCUUCCAGUUAUCACAAAAAGCCCAAGUGAGACAAUGGAAGGACGGAGGUCGACCAAAUUAGAGGCUGAACAAACAGGAGAAUUGUCGAGCGCUUCUCAUCAGGCAAAAUCUUGAGUCUCCUCAAGGCAGGUUACCCGCCGAUAGUUCCAACGAAGUUCUCUUUUCCCGACACUGUGAUAAAGAAGGUCCUGAAAAAGCAUAGUUACCUCAAGCAAGCCGGCUACUAGGGAAGUUACGAGACAAAGGUGCAGGCAACAUGCGCUUUAAUUGAUUCCAUCAGGCUACGCUUAUUCGCUGCCGUUUGAAGCGUCGUCGUUUGCGUCCCCUGUUGCGGGCCUUGGGCAGCUGUGCCGAAACCCGGUUUGAUACCUUCCCGAGUGGAUGAACUGCGAACUAGCGAAGAAAUUGCCGGUUUACAGCUCCUACCUUGGUAUCAGACCAGAUAGGGCACUAUUGCAAGGACUGCUUCUUGACGGAAUAGUAUAGACGAGCAACAGGGGUUGGACUAUCACGCAGACACUUUCACUGCAUAUACAUUCUUAUGACUUACGAAGGUGGACCCUUGCUUUUUGACAUUUAUUUGGUCUAGUCCUGUGUUCGUCCACUAUGUCAAAUUAUGAGACGUUGAUUUUAUUCAUUGAUGAAAUCAUGAAAUGCCCGUCUGAUUGCUUGUCAUCUACCCGGCCACUCUACAGACAAUGAGCUGUUGUCCAGAUCAACCGUUUGCCCAGUUGAAAGCACCAUAAUAGCUAAAAUGCCAAUCAAAACAAAAAAAAAAGAAAAAGAAAAAGAGAGAGAAAGAGAGAAGAAACAAAUGAAGCCAUCAAUCAAUGCAUAAAACAGAAGAAGCCCUAUGUCAUACAUCAUAAUUUAUGCAAUCCAAAAAAAAGAGAUAAAAAGGGGGAACAGCUGCAUUCCUAUCAUCUCUUCGUGACUCAUUCAUCGUUAUUUCUUGGGAGGACUCCCCUCUCCAUCCUCUGGUUCAACUCUGACAAGUACUUCCUCUAAAAAGCCCUCCAAGAACGAGUUGAUCUCUCCGCCCAUAGGGACGGGCGCCUCAUCAUCCCACUUCUCAAUCUCCUUAAACACACCAGCCGCCUUGAUAACCAACCUCUUCAACUUCUCAUGCGCAUAUUGCCGCUUUUGUGCUAACUCGGCCGCAGCAGGGGUAAUUUGCUUCCCACCGGAGUUGCGUGUCAGUGCAUGAAGUUUACAGGUGCGGCGACGAAGCGCUGCUUCAAGUGCAGGGAGAAUAACGCCAUUUAGAGCAGUGAUUUCAUUAUCUGGCGGUGCUGGGUGGGCAGAAAACGCAAGAGUGGACUGGGAUGUCGUGGAAUCGGCAGACUUGCGCGGUGGAGCUUCUGUGGACUGGAGGGAGGAGAGUGAGGUUUGUCGGCGAGAUAGUAAGGGUGGUAAUGGCUUUUGAUUAGGUCCUGCUGCGUAUCUUUCAUGUUGGAGAGGAGGAAGGGGUAACUGUCCGGGAAGAGCUUGCGGACGCGCUGAUGGUUGGGGUUGGCUGGGCAGGUCCCGAGAGGGCGUCCUUUUCGCCUGGCCCCUGAAUGGCGGUAUUUCUGGAAUCUGCGCCGAGACCGGUUUUCUAUACGCUUGCUCAUUUGCCGGGGGCGUUGGAAGGGAUUUGGGUGGUGAAGCGGGAGCGGCAUGGGAGGAGUUGCCUCCCAGCUGGAGGUAUCCUAGAUCCUGGGCCAGCGUUUGUUGCAAAGCCCUAUCGUAGUCCAUACUAUUGGGACUUUCUUUUUCAAUUUGGAAUGAUGUUUUUGAAUGAUGUAUUGGAGUACUGUACUGCUCUUGAUAGUUAGUCUUCUG